GAACAUGAAACGUGCGUUUUGAGAGCUGAGCUUGUCUGUGUUGUCCAGUCUCCGUGGUAUGAGCGGAAGCACUGUGUAUAUUGCCUAAAAGUUAUACAUUGUCGGCAGCUACGGUCGCAGGAAGAGUGCUAUGGAAGAAUUAAGUCCCGGGGUCUCUACACCGAGUAGAAAACCUGUUUUAACUGGGAGCGCACGGAAAAUUAAGGACAACGCAGCAGAUUGGCACAACUUCAUUUUGAAAUGGGAGCGACUCAAUGACGACGGAUACACGAUUGCAAACCAAAUUGUCAACCUGACGUUAAGCAAAGCGUCAGUGAAAGAGACGGACAUCACAAUAGAAUGUGAUGACACGUCUGUCUCCCACCAACCAGCAUAUACCGCGGGACCCAACAAAGAGCUGGAGGACAAAUGUACAGAUUUGCUCGCCAUAUUGGACAAAAUGACUCAUCUUGCAUCUAAAAUGGAGAGGCUAUCUGCUACUACGAAGGGGGUGUGUGACCUACAGAAGUUCCAGCAGGGGGCAUCAGAAGCUGCGACAACCCUGUUUCAGACAUGGCCCACGUCACACUUUGAUGAAGUUUCCUCCAAGAUCUUGGAAUCCUACAAGCAAGAACUGGCCCUCAAGGAGACCAUUGUUCAGGAAAUCGCCCACACAUCGAACUCAGAUCUGUCCAUGGUCUAUCUGUCCUGCUGGCUGUAUCAGCCCUACAUUGGGGACAGUACAAAGCUUCUGCUGGAGAGUAUGCUUCUGGAGACAGGACAUAGACCGCUGUGACAGGAACUCUCACUCAGUGCCAGGAUUAAGACCUUGGCUCUGUGCUUCCAAAGCAACUGUGUUGUAAAUAAGUUAUGAUGGAAGUAAUGUUGUAGUAAUGUCAUUUAACUUGUGCUGCAUCAGACAUUAACCUUUGGCUAAACUGUCAAAUAACCCAUGUUCCUAUGUGAACUGAUGAUAUACCAUAAAUAAGACAUUAUUAGGAAAACGUUAUUAGAUGAAGUUUACUGAAAUAAAGUUCUGCUUGUACCCAUGACUGCACUGAACUCAACUCUGUUUGAGAGUAAUGAAAGACUCUUGCAGAGCUAAAAUCAUAGUUUUCAGUUUAAUUUCCCUUCAAUGUCAUUUUCAAGGUUUACUUUUUUCCGAAGUGAGGGGCAUGUUAUGCCUGAUAUUUGUAACAUUAAAAAAGUACAAAA